GGCAGUAUACAUUGUGACCGUGUGAGGGACAUUGGAUGACUUUGUGUCUGUGGUUAGCAGGGUUGCUUUUUAGUUAGUCCAUUUAUUUGACAGGUACAGCCUUUUCAGAGCUAUGGAGGCCCUUAUCCCGGUCAUCAACAAAUUACAAGAUGUGUUUAAUACAGUUGGCGCGGACAUUAUCCAACUGCCGCAGAUUGCUGUUGUUGGAACGCAGAGCAGUGGGAAGAGUUCAGUGCUAGAGGCUCUGGUGGGGAGAGACCUUCUGCCCCGUGGUACUGGCGUUGUCACCCGUCGGCCCCUCAUCCUCCAGCUGGUCCAUGUGGACCCAGAGGACCGCAGGAAGACCAGUGAGGAGAAUGGUGUCGACGGAGAGGAAUGGGGCAAAUUUCUACACACCAAAAACAAGAUUUACACAGACUUCGAUGAAAUCCGUCUCGAGAUCGAAGCUGAAACGGAAAGAGUUUCUGGCAAUAACAAGGGAAUCACGGAUGAACCCAUACACCUGAAAAUCUUCUCCCCUCACGUAGUCAACCUCACACUGGUGGAUCUGCCAGGUAUCACGAAGGUGCCGGUGGGAGACCAGCCCAAAGACAUAGAGGUGCAGAUCAAAGACUUGAUCGUGAAGCACAUCUCUAACCCGAACUCCAUCAUCUUGGCUGUGACUGCUGCCAACACAGACAUGGCCACCUCAGAGGCCCUCAAAGUGGCUCGCGAGGUCGACCCUGACGGCAGGAGGACGUUGGCUGUGGUGACCAAACUGGACCUAAUGGAUGCUGGGACAGAUGCCAUGGACGUACUGAUGGGUCGGGUCAUCCCUGUCAAACUGGGCCUCAUAGGAGUGGUCAACAGGAGUCAGCUCGACAUCAACAAUAAGAAGUCAGUGGCCGACGCCAUCCGUGAUGAAUAUGCCUUCCUACAGAAGAAGUACCCCUCCCUCGCCAGCAGAAAUGGAACCAAAUACUUAGCCAGAACGCUGAACAGGUUGUUGAUGCAUCACAUUAGAGACUGUCUCCCGGAGCUGAAGACUCGUAUCAAUGUGCUGGCGGCCCAGUACCAGUCCCUGCUGAGUAGCUACGGUGAACCUGUAGAGGACCAGAGCUCCACUCUGCUGCAGCUCAUCACCAAGUUCGCCGCAGAGUACUGCCACACUAUCGAGGGCACCGCUAAGUACAUAGAGACAACAGAACUGUGUGGUGGAGCACGAAUCUGUUAUAUUUUCCAUGAGACGUUUGGUCGGACGCUGGAGUCCGUCGACCCACUGGGAGGUCUGACCACCAUAGACGUGCUAACAGCUAUUAGGAACGCUACAGGCCCGCGGCCAGCCCUGUUUGUGCCUGAGGUGUCGUUUGAGCUGCUGGUGAAGAGACAGGUGAAGAGACUGGAGGAGCCCAGCCUGCGCUGUGUGGAGCUGGUCCACGAGGAGAUGCAGAGAAUCAUCCAGCACUGCAGCAACUACAGCACACAGGAGCUUUUGAGGUUUCCUAAGCUCCAUGAUGCCAUAGUAGAAGUGGUCACAUCCCUCCUCAGGAAAAGGUUACCAGUCACCAAUGAGAUGGUUCAUAACCUGGUGGCCAUUGAGUUGGCCUACAUUAACACCAAACACCCUGACUUUGCUGAUGCCUGUGGCCUCAUGAACAACAACAUAGAGGAACAAAGACGUAACAGAAUGAGAGAGCUGCCCUCGUCUGUUCCUCGGGAUAAGGCUGCAGGUGGUGGUUUCCAGGGAGACCAGGAUGUAGGGACAGGGAACUGGAGGGGCAUGUUGAAGAAGGGAGAGGAGGGGGUGGGCGGAGACAAGUCCAUGCUCCAGACCUCUAACCCUGGCAGCCCUCAGAGGGGCCACGCCGUCAACCUGCUGGAUGUGCCUGUUCCCGUUUCCAGGAAGCUGUCGGCCAGAGAGCAGAGGGACUGUGAGGUCAUCGAGAGGCUUAUCAAGUCCUACUUCCUCAUCGUCAGGAAAAACAUCCAGGACAGCGUGCCCAAGGCGGUGAUGCACUUCCUGGUGAACCAUGUAAAGGACAGCCUGCAGAGUGAGCUGGUGGGUCAGCUGUAUAAGGCUGGUCUGCUGGAUGACCUGCUCACUGAGUCGGAAGACAUGGCCCAGAGACGCAACGAAGCUGCAGACAUGCUCAAGGCCUUGCAGAAAGCCAGUCAGGUGAUAGCUGAGAUCCGAGAAACACACCUGUGGUGAGGGCCUCUACCUCCAUACGCUCUCCCUCCCCAUGGACCCUAAGCACUGAACCCUGUUCUGUCUCAAACCUACCUGGACUGCAGAGACGGCCAACUUGGAAAUACACUGGUGUCAAUUUGUGUUUAUUGAGUAUCAUCAAUGCUCCAUCCUCCUGAAGUUGUCACUUCCACACUCCCCUGUCAUGGUUUUAAAAGCAAUGGAUUGGUGUAAGCCUUGGCUGAAGGGAGUUUCAACCAUUUGUUAAAUGCAUGACCGGGAGUGUAAAACAACACACUUCUGGUGAUGAGUGGAGAAUGGGGACGCACAUUUGGAUAUAGUUGUAGAUUGUAUUAUAUGGACUUGACCUAUACAGUAUCAGUCUUCACCUGCACCACAUCGCACACCAAAUGGUCUUUCAUAUGUAAGUAUUAUAUUGAUGAAUGUGUGAGGUCUACCUACUGAAUAAUGUGGAGUUACAUUAAAUAUGUUUACUCUAGUUUCUGGCUUGCUGGAAUGUAUGCUGCGACUUGUAAAUGCUGUCUGUCUUCAUCAUGGUUACUGAUCUAUUGUCUCACAUGUCUAUGCUACUGCAGAAAAUGUCCUUACAUGGUAACAAUCUCUCAUUUGUGUUGCUGAUAUUUACAAAGCGCAGAGAAAUGCCACUCUGAUGUAGAAUAAGUGUUAUUUGUUGGUUGAAUGCACCAUAAUGCAGCUGCAAACCGUACACUUCCAUGUUCUCUGAAUGGGAUUUCAUGUCUUUUCACCAAACAAUGCUACACCGUCUUGUGUGUUAUUUUGACUCUACCGUACGUCUGUCGCUAAAUGUGUUUAAGAUAUCUAGUGUAUUGAUGAGGUCAUUUGUCCUACUAUAUUGAUAUGGAUAAUGAUAAUUUGUUGUCAUACCCACAAUACCAUGUGGUAAACUAUUGGUAGUAAAGGCAGGGCAGAAUUGUGUGGCAACGUCUAACUUGAAGUGGCAGGUUUAUUCUGUAUAUUCUCAAAAAGUGGUACCAGGGUUGAAUGAGUCAUUUAUUGACUUGUGAUCCAGUCUGCUGUUAUACCAGACGGAACAAUAAACAUCAAAUAUGUUUAUCAACACGUAUACACACACAUUAUCAUCAUGGGCCGAUCGCCAGUCACGGCUGUCUGCCCUCGACCAUGGCGGCUGCUCCUUUACCUCACACGGCCCAUCUUCUUGCCUCGACCUUUGGCACUGAGGGGCAGGACAGGGUUAAGAAAUCUGAAUCACUUGGCAGCCAGGUAGUAAGCUCAGUAGUGAAUGUCUCUGUUGCAGCACUUCACUGCAUUCUGAGUCUAAUGCUUCACCCAGAAGUGUGUACUUGUUCUCACUCCCUCUCAUGCAAGAGACUGGUGGAAAAAGUGGUCCACUUCUGGGUCAAGUGUGAAUAGGUUUUAAUGGUUUGUCAGUCCAUCAGUUACACAGGAUUUUACUUCUUUUGGCUUGAUGUUUAUCAUUAAAUAGUUUUGUGCUGUAAUUUCAGGCCAGACCAUAUUGGCAAUUUGCAUUGUCACCACUUACAAUGUCUUCAAGCUAUCGUGCAGUGAUCAUGCUAUACGCAAUGCGCACACACAGACGGACAUAGGCGGUGUAAGUGAUAGUCAUGGCUGUUUCUUUUGUUUCAAUCAAUGUUUGUUCUACUGGUCAUUAAUUGACCAUCCCUGCUUGAGAGUGAAAGGAAUGAUGGGAAAUGGAGUUGUUGAUGGAAUGGAAACCAGUGACUCAGCCCAAUUAAAAUGAAAACCACAA